GAGAGCGGGGCGGCAUCCCAAGCGGAAGGUGGUGGUUGUGGGUUCUGAAGCUCGUUUGAAAGUGGGGGUCGGGUGAGGCCGUCGUUGUUUGUCGCGGUGGCCCCCCUUCCGGGGUAGACCGUUCCUGCCCGCCCCUGCCCCGCCUCCCUUCGGACACUUGGGUGUCAGUCCCGGCUCUCCGCCAGCGUCCCUCUUGCCCGCCGCACCUCGCUGUCGCUUCGGACAGCUCUGCGGCCCGGGCAACCACCAUGUCGCUGCACGGCAAACGGAAGGAGAUCUACAAGUAUGAAGCGCCCUGGACCGUCUACGCCAUGAACUGGAGCGUGCGGCCUGACAAGCGCUUUCGCCUGGCUCUGGGCAGCUUCGUGGAGGAGUACAACAACAAGGUACAGCUUGUUGGAUUAGAUGAGGAGAGUUCAGAAUUUAUUUGCCGAAAUACCUUUGACCAUCCAUACCCCACCACAAAGCUCAUGUGGAUCCCUGACACCAAAGGAGUCUAUCCAGAUCUGCUGGCAACAAGCGGCGACUAUCUACGUGUGUGGAGGGUUGGUGAAACAGAGACAAGGCUGGAAUGUUUGCUAAAUAAUAACAAGAAUUCGGAUUUCUGUGCCCCCCUGACUUCCUUUGACUGGAAUGAGGUGGAUCCUUAUCUUUUGGGUACCUCAAGCAUCGACACAACUUGCACCAUCUGGGGGCUGGAGACUGGGCAGGUGUUGGGGCGAGUGAAUCUUGUGUCUGGCCAUGUGAAAACCCAGCUGAUUGCCCAUGACAAAGAGGUGUAUGAUAUUGCGUUUAGCCGAGCUGGAGGCGGCAGGGACAUGUUUGCCUCUGUGGGUGCUGAUGGCUCGGUCCGAAUGUUUGAUCUCCGCCAUCUGGAGCACAGCACCAUCAUUUAUGAAGACCCGCAGCAUCACCCUCUGCUUCGUCUCUGCUGGAACAAACAGGACCCAAACUACCUGGCUACUAUGGCCAUGGAUGGAAUGGAGGUGGUGAUUCUGGAUGUCCGAGUUCCUUGCACACCUGUUGCCAGGUUAAACAACCACCGAGCAUGUGUCAAUGGUAUUGCUUGGGCCCCACAUUCAUCUUGCCACAUCUGCACUGCAGCGGAUGACCAUCAGGCUCUCAUCUGGGACAUCCAGCAAAUGCCCCGAGCCAUCGAGGACCCUAUUCUGGCCUACACAGCUGAAGGAGAGAUCAACAAUGUGCAGUGGGCAUCCACUCAGCCUGACUGGAUCGCCAUUUGCUACAACAACUGCCUGGAGAUCCUCAGAGUGUAGUGUUGGUGGCGACUUACCCACAUGGCUGGGGCUUGUGUGUUUCCCACCUCGGCCCCACUCCAAGUAAGAAGAAACAUAUUUCCAGUGGCCAGUAUGUCAUUCUUUGCUUUGCACCCACUGUUUCCAGAAGCUGCUCUGUGAGUGUCUGGCCAGUCACUUGACAUUCUUUGUGCCAGACUCAGUGCUGUGUGGUUUCUCCUCGGCCCAGAGCUGAGUUUUAACAUUUCUCUCUCAUUUCUUUUUUCCUUUGUUUCUUCAAUUAAAUAUGUCUAUGUAUUUGUUUGUCAGCUGUUGUUAAUGAGCAGUACAAGCACUGGCUCUGUUUGUAUCCAUCUGCCCCAGUGUCUGUUUGCUGCCAAAGGCAGUGGUUCAUAUCUUGUCCCUGUCUGUGUUCGUGUUAGCACUUAAGUGGGAACAAAUACCAACUUGAAGUAGUCUUUCCUCCUAAGUGUCAGUGUCUUUAACAAAUCUCAACUUUGUAUAUUUUUUAUCUAUCAGGCUAAUUUUUUAAUGAAAGUAAUAUUGCUCUUCUGGUUUCUUCUUUGGUUUUUAUAGUCCCUUUGUUUUGCAUCUUUCUCUCUUUUCUCAGUGCCUGGAGCAGGCACUGGAUCCUUGACCCUGUGCACAGUUUGCCUUCCGGCGUCAUUGCUGGAGUGGCACAUGCCUGACCAGGAGUCCCAAACCACUCUGGUGCUCUGAAGUCCACCAACUCACCAAUAUUUUUUCACUGCAUCUCUUCUCAAGGCUCUUUUGGGCUCACAGGAAAGACAAGCUCCUCUGUCUGGCUUCACGGGUGUCUUCUAGGCAUUUGCUAGAGCUGAGCUAAGCAGCUGAUUGGGGUAGUGGGGCAGGCUGGAGAGGAAUCACUUCAGGAAAGCUGAACUUAGAGCAUGGAUACAGUACAGAGUUUCAGAGUUUGGUUUUCCCUUUAGUUAUAAAUCCCAGGCCACUCCAUUCUGGGACUUGUAUGAUAAGCAAGAAAGAUCUCUAAGCUGAACUUUGGUGUUUCGGUUUAUUGAGUUUCCUGUGGCUGGUGGAAUAUUGGUCCCUCUUUGGAUUGAGUGCUCUGAGUGAGAGUCUUUCUGAGAGGAAAAGACACUCUGACACUGUAUGAGUUCUUCAGAAACAGAGAGACAGGCAGCUGUUUUGGGGGGUGGACUAACUGGAUGUGAUACCCUGAGACAUCAAGUAACUAGCUUCAGAAGAAUCAUAGGCCCCAGAGUCAGUCCAAGAAAAAGUCUACUCACCCCUGUCAAACUCCUCAUCCCUUCUUUCUGAGCAGUAUUGAACUUGUAGUCUUCUGUUACUUGUUGACUUACAGGCUGCAAGUGUCUUUUUCCGUUACAUAAAUAGGUUUCAUGGAGGGGACUUACAUGUAAUUCUGAUUUUAGAUGAGUUCUUGGGGGGAGCAGAAUUUGGGACUUACACUGAAAAGAGUUUGCCUGGCUUAUCAUGCUGUGUCUAAGUGCCUGAAGGUUUUUGGGACCUUCUGAGUUGUUCAUCUGAGAUUAGGAGGGUAGUAAGCCUACAGCCAAUGGUUUUGUUCACCUAGGCUCUCACCUGCUUAAGAAAUAAGUUAACUGUAUUCUUCUGGCUCUUUAAACUUUUCUGGCAGAGUCUUUCCUUUCCACAACUGAUGUAGUUUUAUAGCAGAAGUCAUAGCUUGCUCUACUACACGGAGGCUUAUCCCAAAGGAAAAGAUUUUAUUGUUGGGGUAUUUCUCCCUUUGAGCAUCUUCGUUGCUCUUUUUGUUGUGGGAUUCUGGGUGGCCAUCUGCUGCAUUUACCACCAGAUUUUCACUGCAUUGAUUGGAGAUAUAAAGCAAGCAGUUUGUGGUCAGACCCUUCCUCUGCUUUUAAUUGUGUUUAAUGGUGAUUAUAGGGACUUCCUCUCAGAGGGGAGUAAGUUCGGCUGAUAGCUGCUGUCCUAGGCGGCCCCACUUCUUUCUGUGGAGAAGUUCUUUGAUGGGAGUUGAUAUGGUUAGCAGUGGCUGGACCUGCAGGGUGGGCAUGGGGGGCUGGUCCCCUGAGUUCUUAGUGGACUUAAUCCUGGUCUGAGUGGCAAGGAGAUUUGUCAACUGAAACUCGAAAAACAUUAAUUCAGAAAAUUAAUUAGCAGUGGCUAUUUGCAUAGAUUUGAAUGAUGAAUUUUCCCCUUGGCCUGUGGACUCCCAGACUUAUCAUGCUUCUUUAGGCCCUUCAGUGUAGUCCUGUUCCUCUGCACCUAUCUGCAGCCCAGGUGAGACUCUCUGCUCCUUCAGCAAACCCAUAUGUGCCCACAGGUUUUAGGUUCUGGUAUUUUGAAGUCCCAGCUCUCACCUUCUCUUUAUACAAACAGAUGGCCUGUUGCCUGAGGAAGAAAUUUCUAUAGUCUCAAGAUAUGGAGCCUCUAACUGGCUGUUCUCCAGAAACAGAUCUGUUGUAGUUUCAAAAGCAAGCUGAAGAGCUCCCAUCUGCUUUCCUCAAACAGGUUGUAGGGCUUGCUGUGGGGGCACCUCUGGUUUUGGGGCAGCUGUGAUGCCCCCUUUGAUGCCCUUAACAGGCCAAGCCAUGGGUACAAACAGACCUGCUCUGCUGAACAGCAGAAGGCUGGAUCAGUUAGGCCUGAGAACCUAACGGUAUGAGUCCAGGGCAUUUACACACGUUGAGUUUUUACACUCUAGGGGUUAGGACCUCUCCUUCCAAGGAAGAACUAACCUGCAAGGUUAAGACUUAAAGAGGGCUAUAUUUGAUCACUGAAUGACAACUUCACAUCAAAUCCAGGAUCAGCUCCCAGAGAAUCGGCUAAGACUCAAUAAAAACGUAAAAAUUCAGAGUCCUACAAUGUUUUGCCAAAACUUGUAUCUGAAAUGUUGUAAGAUUUAGGAAGUAGGAAAAGUCAGUGGUAUUUCUUUGGAUUAAGGGAGGAAAUAUUAAAAGGCACGUAAGGUCUCAGGUGGGGAACCAUUCAGAUUUGUAUGACUGCAGAGUGCAUACAUGCCCUCAGCCUGGUCACCCUUCUUAGAAUAUUAAUCAGGCAUCUGUGGUGCUGGGGAACUGUGAGACAUAGUGACAGCUCAGGGAAGGAAACCCUUUCUGCAGCAGGCAACGGUAAGUGAAAAUCUGCAAGCAUUGGGUGUCCCAUAGCCAUUCCAGAUCAUAGUUAUCAUUAGUUGUAGGUUUGUACAGAGGUGGUAAACAGUCAUGUAGACCUUAACUGCUUUUUUUUUUUUCUUUCUUGCAUUGUUACACUGUAGAACUUUCUCCUUGCUGUGACAUGGUCCUGAAUUCCUAGGCUUAAGGACAUACUGGAGCUCCAGGGUUUACCAAACAAGGAAGGGCAGCCCAGAAUUGCAUCUCCACUUUCCUCACUUUGAGAAUAUGAUAGUUCCUCUGACUUCUGGCUUGGGAAAAGGGGUACCAUUGAAGUAGAAUCCUUUGAGCACACUUUUCCCUUUACUCUAGGAUGAAGGAGGAGGGCUAUACUUGGGACUUAGGUUGGGUUUUCUGGAAGAGAGCUGAGCUAAGCAAAGUCACCAUGAGUUAUAGCCUAGGCUUUUUGGCAGUUAUCGUCUCUGCCCUGGCUACAAAGGCACCAAGAGUGUCUUGUGUUGCGGAGCCUUUUCCACUGCACCCACCUGUACCCUCUCCUCUUCCCACUGUUACUGUUGCUGCUAAUGGUCAAAGUCAAAUGUGUGGCCACAUGGGAUGGGUUAGAUCCUGUUGGGCUACUUUCUGGAUGUCAUUUUUUUUUUUACAAUGUGGAAACAUAUAGGUGCCUUUCUAAAGAGGCUUGGACUGGUAUGUCAAACCAGGAACAAAUAAGCUAAGAAAGUUUGAACUCCAGAAGGAAGAUACUGACAGUGUGUGACAGCUGGAGAAUGUACAAGCACCCACCUUUGGGACAACCCAGUGAAGAUGAACUUGUGGUAUCUACUAUUGAAAGAAAUGUUCAUGCUUUGGGUUGUGUUAUAAAAAUUGUUCAACUGAAGCUUCAGAUUACUUUAGUCCAGUAUGAAUCACUUGCUUUGGUUCCUUGUAUUUUAUGGCCCCUCUGUCAGUGACUUUCCCUCAUCCCCUCUUUGAGUGUGAAUUUGUAGCAUGAUUGUAUAAACCUCUAUGUAGAAGAUGGAGAUUUCUUGUUCUCUGAAAUGUUAAGCUCUAACCUCUGUGCCCUUUAGCCUAGUGUGUCUAAACUUACUUUCUUGUUACAUAUUUAAACUUUCCCUCUGUCCCAUAGGUUUUGUGGCAUCCCCUGGUCAGAUGGAGAGGAAGCUGCUCCUUGCCGAACUGUACUGUAACCAUUUUCUCUUAUAAAUAUUAUUUUCACAGGACUGAUUGUACACAGGGCUUGUAAUAAAAUUUUAACACUGUGCUGUGAAACCACGCAGAGGAAUCUCCACUGACGGCACUACGAAGGCACCUGAAAGUGGAGUCUUCUUUCUAUGACUUUUAUUUCAUUUCCUAAAUACAUUAAACCUAAUUUUCACCCUUUCAUUUUGUUUCAGCCUCCUGUAUAAGAAGUACUGUAUUUUCUGCCCAUCAUACUUUGUAAUAAAAUUUGAACAUAUGUAGAUGAA